UAAGUAGAAUCAGGAAACUUAGAUGCUUUGCCAAGGAUCUUGGAUCAACUUUCUAAUCUACGGGAGCUUAAGUUGCAGAAUUGCAAGAGCCUUCGAGCAUUGCCAGCGCCUCCAUCGAGCCUGGAACUCAUAGAUGCAAGUAAUUGCCCAUCGCUGGAAUACAUCUCCCCUCAAUCAGUUUUCAUAUUUUUUGGAGGUUCUAUAGUUGGUAAUUGCUUCCAACUGAAAUACGGAAUAUGGCAACCCACCUUGGCCAUGAUAGAUGGAGAUCCACUUUUGAUCAAGAUGUGAAGACUAGUAAUGACAACGACAUUGAUGAUGAUAGUAAUCCUGGUGGAAGUGUCCUGGAUGAUCUACGUGAAUGGGGAUUAGAAGACACUAUAAUCAGGAGAAGCCUUGAAGAGGGCCGACCCAGAGGACAUGCCUAUGAAGAUGUGAAUGGCUCAGUAUUGCCUGAUACCAUAAUGAGAAGCUUUCAUGAGGCUAACUCACAAGCCUGGAAACAAGACAGGAUUCAGAUGCAGCUAAACCCUCCCAUAUCAACACUGGAACUGAUUUUUGGGUUUUCAUCACUAUUUUUGAUCUUCCUGUUUCUUGCUCGCAUUUCCUAUUCGGCUCCGUGAAUCUCACUUCUUGAUGUGUUACUCUUGCUCCUUAUCUUAAGUCAGGCUUUAGUAACCGGAAAAAGAAAAAUUUGUACAUAAAGCAAAUUUCAUAUUUAUGGCUUCUAAGUUCUAUGGUAACUUAUUUCCUAUUUUUCAA